CUGAAAACUGCGAAUUUUACGAUUUGAUAAUAAUUGUUGAAUUUAUGUUUUAAAAUGUUAAAUUCGAAGGUAUUACUGUGCUGUAUAGCUUUUUUGAGUCCUAUUCUUCACAUAAAAGGUGAUGAUUUUAAGGAAGAAAUGUUUAUCAAACCGAUGCCACCAUCUCACCUUUAUGUUUAUUUACAAUUCUUGACAUUGGCAAAUGGAGAAAAAUCGUUUGAACAUUCUCAUCUUGCACCACGUUCCUUGGGAGAAAUUGUGUCCAGAUAUCAAGUAGAAGAGUUACACUUGACAUUGACUGAAGGGCAAUGGAGACAUAGUGAAUGGGGUUAUCCUGUGUUGGAUGCUGCACCUGGUGCUGAACUGUAUGUGUGGUUUUCGCCCGAUGUUGUUGACGUUGAUACUCAAUGGAAGAAGCUUAGUUCAACUUUAUCUGGUCUAUUUUGUGCAUCGUUAAAUUUUAUUGAAAAUUUUAAUACUAUAACACCAAAAAUGGCUCUGUGGCCAAUGGGAGCAAAUAGUAAAUCAAGACAUAAUAUUACCUCUCAGCUAAGAUAUGCUUCAUUGCCACGAGAAAUAGUGUGCACUGAAAAUUUGACUCCUUGGAAAAAGCUACUGCCAUGUGAAUCCAGUCAUGGUUUUUCUUCCCUUCUAAACUCUAGAAUGAUUCACAAUACAAACUACCACUCAAUCGGCAUUCACAUAAGAAGAAUGUGCGUGGACAGUAAUUGCCUAGAGACUAAUUUAGAAAUUAAACAAACUGUGGCACUCGUCUACGAUUUUAAAAUUAUAAACACCAUGGACUGGUCACUUCGAAAGUUGUUUGGUCAAGGUUUGCCAGGAGCAUGUCCACUUUCAUCUUCCAGCAAGAUAUAUGUUGAUAUUACUUCAAAUAGUUCAUACCCAUUCAAGCUUCAGCCUGAGCCAAACAGUGUUGUGUUAUCACGUAGAGGUGGCAGUGAAGUUGAACUGGCAGUAUAUGAUGUCAACCAUUAUAAUAUGAUGAACAUUGGUGCAAAAUAUGAAAUAAAGGAUAAAAUAUUUGUGAAUAUUCCCCCACCACUAACUUUCAAUAGGUAUGUUUUGGGAUAUGGUAAAGAAUUUGGUGGAAUAGUUACAGAAUUAUCCAAUAACUACUGGGCACCUAUAGACAUUGUGCUGCUAGAAAAUGCUCCAUGGUGGUUACCAAUUCAGCUUAGUACAUUAAGGAUUAAUGGUGAGGCAGAGAGUAAAUUAAUAAUGUCACAAUAUUAUUCACCUGGAAGAAGCAGGCAAAAACCUUAUCAUUUAGAACUAUUACUUAAAUUGCCACCAAAAACUACAACUACAAUUACUAUAGAUUUCGAAUUUGUUUUCCUCAAAUGGCAAGAAUACCCACCUGAUGCAAAUCAUGGAUUCUAUAUAGGAUCUGCAUUAGUUUCUGCAAACCUACCGACUGCUAGAAAUUAUACCAGUCUUCCAAUUACUGGCAGCACCUUAGACUCUAUCAUAAAUGCAUCAAAGCCAUGGUAUCCCAUGGUGUUCCGGACAAAUGGGGCUAUGGUGUCCUUACCAACACCAGACUUUAGUAUGCCAUACAAUGUUAUCUGUCUGGCUUGUACUGUGGUAGCUUUAGCAUUUGGACCUCUGAACAAUAUUUGUACCAAAGAAGUAGUUUUAAAAGUUAUUGGUGCCCCUGUAUCCUUUAGACAGAAAAUUUUCAAUAUUUUUAAGAAAAAGAAAGACUAAUGUAACUGAUAUUAAAUUAUUAAAUAUUUUAA